AUGCCUCAAACUCAAUACGACGUCGUGAUUGUCGGUGCAGGAAUAGCGGGCUCGGCGUUGGCCCAUGCAUUGUCGACCAUUCCCCGUCAGAAACCUCUCCGGAUAGCCCUCCUCGAACGCUCACUCGCCGAGCCCGACCGUAUAGUUGGCGAAUUAUUGCAACCUGGGGGCGUGCUUGCUUUGAAAUCGCUGGGAUUAGAAUCGUGCCUGCAGGGAAUCGACGCGAUACCGGUUCAUGGCUACUGCGUUUUCGAGAACGGCAAGUCCGUGCGGAUACCUUACCCAGACGGCCAUGAGGGAAGGAGUUUUCACCAUGGAGGCUUCGUCAUGACAUUACGCGCAGCGGCAAAACGGGCAUCAGGCGUCGAUGUACUUGAGGCUACCGUGACCGAGCUCGUGGAGGAUGGGAACAAGGUUGUGGGAGUGCGAGCAAGGGUGAAGGGCGACGAAGACAUAUCCGAGAUAUUGGGGGACCUGGUAAUUAUUGCAGACGGCGGUUCAUCAAAUUUCCGGAAUCAAGUCAUGGGCCCCACUGGUGCGAAGCCGGUGACGAAGAGUCAAUUCGUCGGUCUCAUUCUAAAGGACGCGACAUUACCUCUCCCCCAGCACGGUACCGUGGCCUUGCUUAAGAAAGGGUUUGGCCCCGCACUCCUAUACCAAAUUUCUGAACACGAUACCCGCAUGCUCGUUGAUGUCAAGAUGCCCCUUCCCUCCGACCUCAAGGCGCACUUGCUCACGAAUAUACUACCUGAACUACCGAGUGCACUUCAUAUACCCGUUCAGAACGCACUGAAUAACGAUCGUCUACGACGCAUGCCAAAUUCAUUCCUGCCGCCAAUAAAGCAAGGCCAGCCGUCCAGCAAAGCGGGGGUCGUUUUGAUAGGCGACGCGUGGAACAUGCGACAUCCUUUGACCGGAGGAGGAAUGACUGUUGCGCUUCACGAUGUCGUCCUGCUUCGUGACAUGCUCGCGCAGACAAAGAAUUUGGGUGAUUGGAAUGAAGUUCGUCCUAAGCUCAGCACGUGGCAUUGGCAGCGGAAAUCUCUGGCGUCGACGGUCAAUAUUCUCAGCUUUGCCCUCUACGACUUAUUCAGUGCUGAUGAUCCGCGUCUCGCAGUGCUCCAAGUCGGCUGUUUCAAAUACUUCGAACUCGGCGGUGAAUGUGUCAAUGGCCCGGUGUCACUUUUAGCUGGUAUCGCCGAAUCACCGCUCCUCCUCGCGCGUCACUUCUUCUCAGUCGCUCUCUACGCAAUAUGGGUGCAAUUCACGCACCCUCGACCGGUCAAACGCGCUGACGGGAAGACGGUCUACGCUACCGCAACCAUCGACGAGUAUCCUCAUCUACUCUGGAAGAGCGUUUGCGUGUUCUGGACCGCGUGCGUCGUCUUCGGCCCGCUGCUGUGGUCGGAAAUCCGUUGGUGGGCUCCUUCGAGCAUGAGAACUGACUCACCACCCUCGCCAUCGUUUUUGAAUUCGAGUAGUCUGCUUGUGCUUUUAUCGGUCGCUGGUAUGGCGUAUUCGUGGCAGGCCGGUCAUCUUCUAUCAUAA